UGACCCACAUAAAUAUACACCGCGGGAGUAGACUGACCUUGAGAAAGUGGGUUGGGAAGUUUUGUUUUCGAGGUGAACUGUCUGUACGGCAGUACGGAAUGUGGUGACUGACGGGUUGACGGAUUCUUGCAGUUGUACUGUGUAAGGGAAUUCCUACAUUGUCAGAAUGCCUGGAAUUGACUUUCUCCGGCUUCAAGAUGCAAAAGAAAAUUCGCCACAGGCAAGGUCCAUGCUUGGACUUUUUGAAGAAGACACCAGCCUUUUUACUGGUUAUGUGAAUGGUUUGCUGGCUGCUUGCAGGAGGGUUGUAGACUGUGAGACUGCGUUAUCAGUUGCUAUCCAGACACUAUCACAGAAGCUUCAAGAAUAUGAAACAUUGAAUUUUCCCCUGGGCAGAGAUGACAGUAUUCUGGCUUCAACCCUCAAGCAGUUUGCACAGACAAUGGAAGAGGUCAGCUCGGUUUACACAGCUCAUUCUACUCAACUGAAUGACUUGAUGGUUCAGCCAUUGUCUUCAUUUACCAACGGUGACUUGAGUGAAAUCACAAAUAUGAAAGCACUCCAGCGAAUGAUAGAACAAGAACACGACAAUGCAAUAGUCAAGUACUGCCGGGUCUCAAAGAAGAAAGAGAAUGAGACAAAAGCAAGAAUAGAUGCAAAUGAUGAGUUAUACUCGUGCAGGAAGAAACUCUUACAGAAUUCCCUAAACUACUACAAUUCUCUGAACCUCCUUCAAUACAAGCGCACCACCAACCUGCUGCAGCCCAUGCUGGGCUUCUUCCAAGCUCAGCUCAUGCUCUUCCGUUUGGGCAAGGAGACCCUGACAAGACAGACGGAGGAGUAUCUAGGCAACAUCACUGAGAGUGUUCAGAGUGUCCAUUCGGAGAUGGGUCAACUAUCUCAGCGAUCCAGUGAUAAGAUGCAAGAGAUUACUGAGAACUCCACAUAUUACUACAUGCCUGAACCUACCCCAGACAUGCAGAUGCAGUCUAGACCAGUCAAUACUGGCCUUAGUCAGAUAGCUGGAUAUCUCAUGAUCAGAAGCAAAUCUGGUUUGACUCACCGAUGGGACAGACAGUAUUUCUUCACUCAAGGUGGCAAUCUGAUGAGUAAUGCCAAGGGACAGAUUGCAGGAAGUUUAGUCCUAGAUUUGGAUGGCUGUACAGUCAAUGCAGCAGAAGUUGAUGAUCGUCGCUUCAUCUUCCAAAUCACCAGACCAGAGGACACUAAAAAGUUGGUUACUCUUCAGUGUAUGAGUGAAUCUGAUAGAGCCGAGUGGAUUACUACAAUCCGUAACAUCUCCAGUGGCUUCUACAUGCCAGAGAACAAACACCAAGGUAAUAUCCCUCAAGCUCAAGGUGUUGGAGAUGCACGAUCACGAGCCUUCAGUGCCCCACCCACCGCAGGGACAACUCAUGGAGGGGGAGGGGGUGGGGAAGGUAUCAUCACUACCCCCACCGGUGGCACACGCCCCAAGCAGCCUAUGUCUCUGUCCAAUGUGCCCCAGAAACAACGAGCUGACAGUUUUCAGCACAGUGGCAAGGAGUCAUCCCGUUCAAGUGAUACUAGCUGCUCAAGCAGUCAAGACAUCCCAGCAACACCUCCACCAUCUCCCCUUGAUUCUGUGCUGUCCACUACACCAAUCCAGUUUGAUAUGAUCUCACCCAGUGAAGAGCAACCGCCUCCAAUGACCAGAUAUGCUCCACCCACCAGGGAGGGAUCACAAAGGAGGAUCAACCCAUUUGGAGAUAAGGAGCCGAGACCCAUACAAAUUGUAGGAAGUACUGAUCCUGUGGGCUAUGUCCAGAUGUACUCGUUGAGGUUCUUGGGGUCAAUGGAGGUCAGACGAGACAAAGGAUUAGACAUCGUCAUGGAUACCAUCAGGAAAAUCAUGGCUGCCAGGGCAAUUCAUAACAUCUUCAAGAUGACAGAGUUGAACCUUGUGGUGACCAGCCAGUCUAUAAGAUUGCUUGACUCUGCCAAACAAGUAAUCAAAGCUCAUCAUGAUCUGACUGAUGUGUCAUUCUGGGCUGCCCAUCAAGAAAACAAAAGGUUAUUUGCCUUUAUAACGCGUCAGCAAGGGGCUAGACAACAAUCCCAGUUCAUAUGCCAUGUCUUUGAAGCAGACGUCGGAGCAGAGGAAAUAUGCCAAGCCAUUAGUCUGGCGGCCGACAUCGCAUUUCAGGCAUUACUCCAGCAGCGUACCACAGCUCUUGCAGUGGGUCAAGACAAGGGAGACUCACCAAACCUAGGGUUAGCAUCGAGUAGCCCACCAACCAGCCAGUUCAACCAGCCACCAUUCCAUACUAAGGAGCUGAACCAAACACUGUCACAACAACCAGGCCAUCAGACUUUGCAACCUAGUGAAGCCCACUUACAACUCGGCCAAGCCCAGAUGCAACCUAGUCCAGUCCAGCUACAACCCAGCCAAACCCAGUUACUGCCUAGCCAAACCCAUUUACAACCAAGCCAAACCCAGUUACUGCCCAGCCAAGUCCAGUUACAGCCCAGCCAAACCCAGUUUGAACCCAGUCAAACCCAGUUUCAACACAAUCCACAAAUACAUCAUAGCCAACCCCCAGCACAUCCCAGCCAGCCAAGUGGGUUCAUACCGGUUCACACAAUGCCCUCAGUGGAUCCACACAGCAACCAGCAUUUUGCGGGGCCAGCUAACAACUCCAACUCUAACAAGAACAACAGUACGUAUGCCGGGUCAGCGUACGUACCCCAGGUGCCCAUAGCGAGUGGGCUGGAAGGUCUGAAUUUAGGCAAAGGUGUGGAGGGAGGGUAUGAUAACUCCAAAGCGCUUGAUGAGUCAGAUGCCUAGAGGUACAAGGAACUGCUUUCAGUAGUUAGGAAUUUCUUAACUUAUGAACUCCUUGUGAUACUUAGUAAGGUGCUUUUAUAGCCUACUGUAAUUUGAAAGCCAGGUGAGGGCACCAACUGCUUGCACAAACGUGUUCAUGCACAAUAUCAAACUUGACAUUUCAAAAGUGCAAACCAACAGUGUACGGCUGUACGCCUCAAUUUCUGAUUGUGGAACAAUUGGUAGCAUACAUGUACUUGCACAACUGAUAGUAACUUGCUCAAUAGAAUAGAGUGAACAAGGUGACGAUUAAUAGUUUGUGAACGAAUUGCCAGGGGUCAGGGUUCAUUCUGUUAAAUACUCAUGACACUGACAAAUCAGAUUGUACAGUCAUCCGUGUAUACAUUAAAUAUUGUAGCUCUCUGUUUUAGAGUAGCCAUUGUUUAUACAUAAUUCUCAUUCCUUAUUUUCAGUUUUAGCAGCUUCUUUGUAUUUUUGAAUAAAUAAACAUUUGAAAAAUACUUUUGCAUUAUUUUUGAUCUUUGGGUGACCUACUUACAUGUAUAUAUUUUGUAUCAUGAGAAAAAUGGAGUAAAAUACCGUUUCAGUGAAAAGUUGUAAAUAUUUGGUGCCUUUGCUAUCAGUCAAUAUUUAUCAGGGAAUGAUGCAAAAAAAAAGAUAAGACCAAGAAUUUAAAAACCUAUUGUUCUUACAUAAAUAGCAUUGGAACUCCACCAUUAUAAUCUUAGUAUGAUCUGCACAUCAAGAUGGUAUAGUGACCCUUUGCAAUACUAAUUCAAUGCAUUCUUAUGUGUGCACAGGGACAGCUCCACUUUCCAAAGCAAAAUUCAUUCCAAUUCAACACUUUGUCAGCUAAUCUUAGGACCAAUGUACUACACAGAAUUUGUGAAGAGGUUUGGCUUGGAACCAAAUUUGAAAUAGUACAGGCAAUGUUUCGGGUCAAGUGUUUACCAUUCUUAGAAACUGCAUUGAACAUUUAGCACCAAUACCUCUUUUUGAUUCUCUGUUUAGAUUUUCUUAUUUUCUUUUAGAAGAAUUUAUUUAGCAAAGUCAUUAUCACAUUGUAUGUUUGAUAAACAAUUUAUAAAUAUAAUGAAGCAAGCUGUUGUUGCAAGGGAUUUGAAAUUACAUUUUUACAUAACUCAGAACAAGUUCAGUGAUUUUAAAAAGCUAUAUUUUACAAGGUAAAUAAUGAGUAAUUGUCAGUUUAAUAAUACUGCAUUGUCUGUACAAAAAGUAUAUAAUUCAAUCAAAUUGCAUAUAUUCUGAAAUAGCUGUCGUACAACAGAAGAGCUAAGCACUGUUGUUACUGUAAAUGAUUUCACAGAAAAUGUAACGUGACGGUGCCUGAACAAGCAAGGUAUGAAAUUGAAAAUGGAUUUACACACAACUGUUGUAAAUAAAUACAUGAUUUGGAGCUAUAAAUCUAUAGAAUAAAUAAUACGUUUAGAGAAUUGAUUGGCAGUUUUAAAGGUUGUUAGGUGUGCAGUCAUCAGGGCUCAAUUUCGUGGCUAAUAUCGUAAGUGAAAAGUCCAUGCAAACAAAAUGGUUCACCAACGGGUAGCGUAUCUCAUAGUCAAGCAUGGAAUUGUGCAUACAGGGUUAGCAGAAAUGUCUGUGUUAGUGCUGUAAGCACAGAAGUGUGAUCACAAGGGCAGAACUCUGUGGUAAACAAAGCCAUGACAUUGGGGCCUGGAGAAUAUGUUUGACAUCAAAGGGUGUACAGUUAACGUUUGUGUUCUCUUCAGAUAUCGUGUAAAAUUUAUUUUCCGUUUGUCAAACAAACUUCUGUAGUUACAGGAAUAAAUAACCAACUAUUCUAAAGACUGUAAUCUAGCUUUUUACCAUGAUUUUUUUUAAUGAUACCCAGACCACCAAUUUCUUGGCCUAAUUAUUGACUGCCCAGAUGCAGAUAAACAUGUUGAAGUCAUGUAUAAAAAUAAAUGCCGUCAGUGAUAUGCUUUAUUGUGCCUCAAUAUCAAUAACAUGGAAUGGUUGCAAAAUAAACAAUGUAUAUUAUAAGAUGAUAUAAAUUGAAUAAAGUCAGCAUAUCUAUUUUA